CAGCAUGUCUACCCCCGUGUCCCCGUCCCCCUCCCUCUCCCCCUGACCCUGGCCUCCCCCGGGGCCCUCCCCCCUGCCCUCCCCCCUCUCUCCCCCCCUCCCAGGGUGCCAGUGUUCCAGAGAAAGGGGGCGCUGAAACAUAAGAGGAUCAUCGAGGUCAAGGACCACCAGUUCACCGCUCGCUUCUUCAAACAGCCCACCUUCUGCAGCCACUGCACCGACUUCAUCUGGUAAAUACACACACACCACAGCUAAAUACACACACAGCUAAAUACACACACAGCUAAAUACACACAACAGAAAACAUGCUUCACUAGUUCCCAGCUCGCCUCUGCAAACAACCCACAAACUGCAGCCCCUGCACAACCUUCACCUGGAAACCCACAUUUACACACACAUUAUGCAUCUGCAGAAACCCACAUUUACACACACAUUAUGCAUCUGCAGAAACCCACACUUACAAACACUCCAGGUCUCCAUAGUUCACUGGCCACCUCUUCAAACUUCCCACUAACUCUCAAACUGCAGCCACUGCACAAACUUAAUCUGGUUGAAACACACACAGUAACACACAUGCUCACACAGUCACAUACAUGACCCAAGACUGUUUGGAAGUCUCACGUACAGUAUGCUCAUUCUGGCAGACACAACCAAAGCAGGGCAGUGUAGAAUCUGUGUGUGCACGUCUCUGUGCGUGCACGUGUGGACAUAUUGUGGAGAGGGCAGGCUGAGUGUAGACCUCUCCUCUUGCCAACAGCCACUGGGAAGUUCUCAGGACAUUUCAGUGAACGACUGUCAUGGCAACAGUAUGGUUAUUUAACAAAGGGAAAAGAUAGAUAGAUACGUUAGCUCUCUCUUAGAUAGAUUUAGGGUUGGUUGUUUAAAAAUACACAUCACAAAAAUACCAUAUAACUCCAGACAGCAGUCUUACACACGAGUUACAGGCAUCUCUCCAUCUCUCCAUCUCUCCAUCUCUCCCUGUGGAGAUUCUAUUGGUUUCCUACAAUAGGCAUGAUAAAAGAGAUCAGUGCUACACAGUUAAAUCAUAUCCUCUAGGGCUGUAUACUAUUGAAAACAAAGACCAGGGGAUUGAAAGGAGACUUUCUAUUGUCAAUAUUCUGUCUGCAGGGCCUUUGUCAAAACUUCACAAGGUCUCCUCUCCAUUCCCCUGGUACUGGAAUAGAUCGCUACACAUUAUCAUAUGAUAGUCAUGUGCAUGUGGUUGAUGUAUGGCUGAAUAAAUAGAUAUCUAUAUUUAAUAUAAUAUGAUUCUCCAGAUAGAUGCUUUUGGCUUGUCUUCUCUCCUGUCAUCCUAUGACCAUCAGGUGGUGCUGUUUGACCUGUCAUAAUGUAGCUCUGCCUCUCUGGCACUCUCUGGUGGACAGUACAAAGAACUGUCAUAGUACUGAACCACCUCGAGUGGUUUACACUCCUCAUCGUCUUUCCUUGAUCUGUGCUGAUAUGGAAACACUGCAGAGGUGAAACCAAUAUGGCGGAUGUCAUUUCCCCUCCUUCACUAGGUCACUAGCCUGUCGCUGUCACACAGUGCAGAUGAAGGAGAGGAGAGGAGGAGAUGAGACAUCUCUCAGUGACUAUUGACAUGAACCUGGGGGGGGGGUUACUUCAGUGUGAUCCUCAAGGGCCCUCUCUCUGUAGAGUGUUGUUCUCCCGCCUCUCUGCUGCUUACCUUUUAAUCAGCAGCUGAUUCACAGCCAGGAAACUGGCUGAGUGGACUCUUUAGCCAAUCAAUGACUUUCAUUAUUCAAUUAAGAUCUAAGGAGACAGGAAAGCAGCAGACACUGCAACUCUGGAGGAGGAGGAGGGGGAGGAGGGGGGGAGGAGGAGGAAGAGGAGGAGGAGGAGGAAGGGCGUGAGGAGUGGGUGAGGAGGAGGGAGGAGGGGGGGGUGAGGAGGGGGUGUUUGGUAUGUGUGUGAGAGAGACAAUAAAACACCGCCCCUCUCUCCUAGUUGACCUGAUCAGCACUACAGUCAGUGUAGUAAUCUAUAGAGAUGUCCUUCAGCACACUCUCAGGCAUUCUCACUGUAUUGCUGCUGUUUUAUUCUAGAAAAGCCGUUACAAGGACAUGUAUUUGCCACAACACCCUGCUUGGCGGUUUCUGCUGACAAAGGCUUUAUGGCCCAAAUGCUUCCUUGUCGACUGCUGUUAUGAGAUAGAACAAAAGAAGGAGCCUUAUCUAUAAGUGCUAUAGCCAUCUUGAUUUGUUAACAUUGGAUUAUUUGUGGGUUACAGCACUGCACCCAAUGAUGCAUAUCUUUCUGUUCAGGCCCAUCUGCUCAUCUUCUACUGAGCAGGCCAGUCCUUUCAGUUGUGUGGUAUGGAAGAUCACUGAUGGUUUCUGUGUGUGGUUGAUGUGUGUUGUGUUAUGGGUUUGUUCCACACAGGGGAAUUGGAAAGCAGGGAUUUCAAUGUCAAGGUAAGGAUUAUUGGAUCAUAAGUAAUCAUUAAUCAAUGUUUUUGGGGGGAUUACACAUUUUACAAAUGCAUUUGUCAAAGGACGUUAACAGCAAUUAUAGGCCUUAACCCCUAAGAGCAAGCCAAGGCAAUAUUAUCCUAGUGAAGAAUCUAGAUGACAUUCAGCAGUUUGUUUUUUUAUUUGACAAAGACUAGAACACACACAUUUUCCACAUUAUUCUUAUAAUCAGAUUAGGUUUUUAUAAACAGGGAUCAAAUGGAUUUGGAUGUAAUAAUGUGUUGACUGGCUUUCUGCUCUGUGUUUUGUGGCAGUGUGCAGUUUCUCUGUCCACAAGCGAUGUCACGAGUAUGUAACGUUCACCUGUCCUGGAGCCCCCACCGCUCCUACAGAAGUGAGUAUCUUCCCCCUUCUCCCACACUCACCCCUCCCUCUCUCCUUCCCUCCCUCCUUCCCUCCCUCACUCGCUCAUCCAUCCAUCAUUCCACACAGCCACACACACACACACACACACACACACACACACACACACCUGUCCCUCUGUCUGUCAUUCCUCCACUCCGCCUUUACUGUCAUUCAUCCUUAUAUAGAUCUUUACAUCUCUCCAACCAUCCAUCCCUCCACUCCACACUUCCCCUUUUCAGGCUACUCCCUCACUCCUCCCUUUCUGUCGCCAAUCCAUCCAGAAAGAAGAAGAGAAAGAGAGAGAAUGACAGGGAGAAGAUAAAACAAAGAGGAUGGAGGAGGAGUGAGAGGGGGAGGGAGAGAGACAGGAAGACUGAGAGACACGAGCAGAGGUAGAGAGGGUGAACAGAUUGCUCUCUCUCUCUGUCUCUCUUUGGGAUUUCAAAGAGAUUUGUCUUUUUUCAGACUUUUAUCUGCCAGCUAAAUAAACUGGAUCAGAAAUGAGGUCAAAGAGAGAGAGAGAGAGAGGAGGAGGGAGUGUGUGUGUGUGGGGGGGGGGGGGGGGGGGGGGUGCGUGCGCAUGCGAGUGUGUGUGCACAAAUGCGUGUAAGUGUGUGUGCGAGGGAGAAAGAUUGACAGGGCGGAAUUGGGAGGAAGUGCUUGGCUCAGAAACUGCCUGAUGGAGAGAGAGCGAGAGUUGGCAGAGAAUGAAAGAGGCGGAGGGUGUUCUCAAAGUAAAGCUCAAAGGGUGUGAGAUGGGGUUUGGGGAGUAGAGAGGAAGAGGAAGACAGACAUUUAGAGGGGGGGGGGGGGGGGUGGAGGGGGGAAGAAACUGAUAAGCUGAAAAGCAGAUAGAGAUGAUUCAGCCUUCUCCACACACACCCUUCCCCAGGAAUACAUUUCAUUAACAUAUCUAACUCUCUUCCCAGCAGAGAAAUGUAAUUGGUUGCCAUGAAUAUACCACUCUCCAUCUCUCCCUCGUUUCUCCUUGUUUCUCCCCGUUUAUCACAACACGUAAACAUGGGGAUGUUCCUCUCUCAAUGACUUACUGCCCCAUGUCUGUCUGUCCCUUUGUAUGUAUAUCUCUCUGUCUCUCUCUGUCUGUCUGUCUGUCUCUAUCUCUGUCUGUCUGUCUCUGUCUGUCUGUCUCUCUCUGUCUCUGUCCGUCUGUCCGUCCAUCCGUCCCUGUCUGUCUCUUUCUCUCUCUCAGGACUUGAAGAGUAAACACAGAUUUAGACCUCAGACCUACACCUCUCCAACGUUCUGUGAUCACUGUGGUUCUCUGCUCUAUGGCCUUAUCCAACAGGGCAUGAAAUGCUCCUGUAAGUAACCAGAAGUUCUGUUUUAAGUUUUAUUAGCCGUAUGUACGGUAUACACAUGGUAUAUACCAUCCAACAAAAUGCUUACUUGCAGGUUCCUUUACAAUGCAACACCAAUCAGAAAUAAGAAAAUAUAAAAAUAUGAACAUAAAGUAAAUGGCUCAAUAGAAUAUAAUAUAUUUUUGAGCAUAAGUAUAAUACAGGAAGGCACAAUUUAUAGUCCAAUAUUUACAUGUGUUUUGGGGAACGGGGGAUUGGGGGACAAGUGUUUAAAUUGUGCAGUAUUUAGCAAUCAUAAUAAGAGCAGCAGUUGUGAUGUGUGUGUGUAGCAUGAAUGUACAAUAUAAGUGUGUGUUUGUUUUCCUCCCACAUGUGUUAUUAUCUCUUUGUGUGUGUGUGUGUGUGUGCUUGUGUUGGUGCGUGCCUGCGUGCACACUUGUGUGCGUGUACUACAGGUUGUGAGAUGAAUGUCCACAAGCGUUGUGAGAGUCUGGUGCCCAGCCUGUGUGGUCAAGAUCAUACAGAAAAGAGAGGCAGGAUCCACCUGACCGUCCGGGGAGAGAAUGAGGACAUCUUCAUCACAGGUCAGUACUAAGAGUCUAGAAGAGUUGUCCCUAACCACUGAUAGAGACAGGGUUUCAUACGAGCCCAGUGUAGCUCAGUUGGUAGAGCAUGGCGCUUGCAACGCCAGGGUUGUGGGUUCGUUUCCCAUGGGGGGUCAGUAUGAAAAUGUAUGCACUCACUAACUGUAAGUCGCUCUGGAUAAGAGCGUCUGCUAAAUGACUAAAAUGUAAAACGUUUACAUGCCUCUGUCACCCUACCAUUAGCACUGUCCGGUACUGACCACUAGGGGGAGUUGGUGAGCUGCAUACAGGCACACACUCCCACAAGUAAUGCUCUCUAUGGUGCAGCUACAGAUGCCAUAUCUUAAUUUGAUCAUCCUGUUGUUGCAGGAAUUUUCAUGCACAGCAGGAAAUGCAAACUUGUAGUGUUUCCAAGGUUUAAAAAGGCUUCUAAAGUUUGUAAUUUCCACUUUAAAAUGUCAGACUUGAUUUGCCCUAAUACAAUUUGUAUCAUCCCCUACAACAAAAUGUACAUUGAUUAUAAUCCACAUAUUAAUUCACAUUUCCUGUUGCUGCAGGAUUAUUUUCCUGCUGUGAUAAAAUUAAGAUAAGGCAUCUGUAUGGCCAUCUAUGCUAUCCAUUGUCUGACUCUCUCUCUCUCUCUCUCUCUCUCUCUCUCUCUCUCUCUCUCUCUCUCAUCUCUCUCUCUCUCUCUCUCUCCCUCUCUCUCUCCCUCUCUCCCUCCAUCCCCCUCUCUCCCCCUCAGUGCGGGAGGCUCGUAACCUGAUCCCCAUGGACCCCAACGGUCUGUCUGACCCUUACGUGAAGCUCAAGCUCAUCCCUGACCCCAAGAGCCAGAGCAAACAGAAGACCAAGACUAUCCGCUCCACACUCAACCCUGUCUGGAACGAGAGCUUCACCUUGUGAGUGUGUGUGACGAUGUGUGUGUGUGACGAUGUGUGUGUGUGUGUGUGUGUGUGUACCAGUAGUUCUGGGAACUAUGCACAGCGAACUAGAUUUGUGUUUGCCGCAGGAGCUUUAGCUCAGUGGGCUAACGUGGUCUUGAGGCAUACAGAUGACUGGAGGUUGGAUACCUGGUCGGUAACCUCUUUCUCUCCCCAUCUCUCGCCCCAGCUCGGUGCGCGGGCGGCAGUGGGAUCGUCGUCUGUCGGUGGAGGUGUGGGAUUGGGACCGUACGUCUCGGAAUGACUUCAUGGGAUCGCUGUCGUUCGGAGUGAGCGAGAUAUUCCGUCACUCAGUCAGCGGCUGGUUCAAACUGCUGGACCAGGAUGAGGGAGAGUACUACAACAUGCCUGUCCCUGACGAAAAUGUAAGACAUACACUCAGGCAGGGGAUUAUGGGUAGUGUAGUUAGAGUUAUAGAAUACAUAUAUUAUAUAUAACUAUUGUUAUAUAUACAGUUGAAUUCGGAAGUUUACAUACACUUAGGUUGGAGUCAUUAAAACUCGUUUUGGCAAGUCGGUUAGGAAAUUUUUCCAACAAUUGUUUACAGACAGAUUAUUUCACUUGUAAUUCACUGUAUCACAAUUCCAGUGGGUCAGAAGUUUAUAUACACUAAGUUGACUGUGCCUUUAAACAGCUUGGAAAAUGCCAGGAGAUGAUGUCAUGGCUUUAGAAGCUUCUGAUAGGCUAAUUGACAUCAUUUGAGUCAAUUGGAGGUGUACCUGUGGAUGUAUUUCAAGGCCUACCUUCAAACUCAGUGCCUCUUUGCUUGACAUCAUGGCAAAAAAUCAAAAGAAAUCAGAAAAAAAUGUGUAGACCUCCACAAGUCUGGUUCAUCCUUGGGAGCAAUUUCCAAAUGCCUGAAGGUACCACGUUCAUCUGUACAAACAAUAGUACGCAAGUAUAAACACCAUAGCUGUCAUACCGCUCAGGAAGGAGACGCGUUCUGUCUCCUAAAGAUGAAUGUACUUUGGUACGAAAAGUGCAAAUCAAUCCCAGAACAACAGCAAAGGACCUUGUGAAGAUGCUGGAGGAAACAGGUACAAAAGUAUCUAUAUCCACAGUAAAACGAGUCCUAUAUCGACAUAACCUGAAAGGCCGCUCAGCAAGGAAGAAGCCACUGCUCCAAAACCGCCAUAAAAAAGCCAGACUACGGUUUGCAACUGCACAUGGGGACAAAGAUCAUACUUUUUGGAGAAAUGUCCUCUGGUCUGAUGAAACAAAAAUAGAACUGUUUGGCCAUAAUUACCAUCGUUAUGUUUGGAGGAAAAAGGGGAACGCUUGCAAGCCGAAGAACACCAUCCCAACCGUGAAGCACGGUGUGGCAGCAUCAUGCUGUAGGGGUGCUUUGCUGCAGGAGGGACUGGUGCACUUCACAAAAUAGAUGGCAUCAUGAGGAAGGAAAAUUAUGUGGAUACAUUGAAGCAACAUCUCAAGACAUCAGUCAAGAAGUUAAAGCUUGGUCGCAAAGGGGUCUUCCAAAUGGACAAUGACCCCAAGCAUACUUCCAAAGUUGUGGCAAAAUGGCUUAAGGACAACAAAGUCAAGGUAUUGGAGUGGCCAUCACAAAGCCCUGACCUCAAUCCUAUAGAAAAUGUGUGGGCAGAACUGAAAAAAUGUGUUCGAGCAAGUAGGCCUACAAACCUGACUCAGUUACACCAGUUCUGUCAGGAGGAAUGGGCCAAAAUUCACCCAGCUUAUUGUGGGAAGCUUGUGGAAGGCUACCCGAAACGUUUGACCCAAGUUAAACAAUUUAAAGGCAAUGCUACCAAAUACUAAUUGAGUGUAUGUAAAUAAAAGCUGAAAUAAAUAAUUCUCUCUACUAUUAUUCUGACAUUUCACAUUCUUAAAAUAAAGUGGUGAUACUAACUGACCUAAGACAGGGAAUGUUUACUAGGAUUAAAUGUCAGGAAUUGUGAAGAAAUUGGAGUUUAAAUAUAUUUGGCUAAGGUGUAUGACCAAACAAAAUGUGUGUGAGUUCCCUCACUUUGAUCACCAGGGUGCAGGAGUGCUUCACUAAAAUAGGUACAGUGCAGGUUUGUGUGUGACAGUCUUGUUAUAACUAAGCCCCCCCCCCCCCCCCCCCUCCUCUCUUCAAUAGGAGCCUAGUGGUCUAGAUGCUAUCCCCUCCUCCCUUCUCCCCCCCUCCCUGAGGCCUACCCCUGUCCCCGUGUCUGUCCCUGUCCCCGUGUCUGUCCUGUCCCCCUCAGCCCCGUCAGUCCCCUGUCUGGCCACCCUACCUGCAGGACCAGUCAAGCCCAGGGUUUGCCUCCAGGACUUCAACUUCCUCAUGGUGCUGGGAAAAGGCAGCUUCGGAAAGGUACUGGAACACACAUGCACCUGCCUGUAGACACACUGUAAUAAACGUAACACACCUGCCUGUAGACACACUGUAAUAAACGUAACACACCUGCCUGUAGACACACUGUAAUAAACGUAACACACCUGUCUGUAGACACACUGUAAUAAACGUAACACACCUGCCUGUAGACACACUGUAAUAAACGUAACACACCUGCCUGUAGACACACUGUAAUAAACGUAACACACCUGUCUGUAGACACACUGUAAUAAACGUAACACACAUGCCUGUAGACACACUGUAAUAAACGUAACACACCUGUCUGUAGACACACUGUAAUAAACGUAACACACCUGUCUGUAGACACUGUAAUAAACGUAACACACCUGCCUGUAGACACACUGUAAUAAACGUAACACACCUGUCUGUAGACACACUGUAAUAAACGUAACACACCUGUCUGUAGACACACUGUAAUAAACGUAACACACCUGCCUGUAGACACACUGUAAUAAACGUAACACACCUGCCUGUAGACACACUGUAAUAAACGUAACACACCUGUCUGUAGACACACUGUAAUAAACGUAACACACCUGUCUGUAGACACACUGUAAUAAACGUAACACACCUGCCUGUAGACACACUGUAAUAAACGUAACACACCUGUCUGUAGACACACUGUAAUAAACGUAACACACCUGUCUGUAGACACACUGUAAUAAACGUAACACACCUGCCUGUAGACAUGAUGCAACACAAUCAAAAGUACAGGUAUGGCAGAUAGUGUUACCUGCAAUGUCACUGCCCAGUAUUGCCCCUUGGGUCUAAUUGAGUUGAAGUUGAAACGCCAUUAUUAUCAUGACAGCCAUUCUAUUAGAUACUGUAUUGAACAUAAACCAUGACGAUUACACACACACAUUAUUAGCAUCAUUAACAUUGUACUAGCCGUCCUUCAGAUAAGACUCUCAGUGGUCACCCAACUCUUGUUGUUAACCCCAGUGCCCUGGCUAAACUCCCAACCUGGCACCUCACAAUAUCAUGGCCACCUAAUCAUCCCCUGCUGCCAGUUGGCUCUUCAACCCCUUUCCCCUGGGUCGUUGGUCCUGGUAUUGAAUACAAGAUUUUUCGGUAGGCUACUUUACACACAUACACACACACUUACACCCACACACAGACAGACACUCCAGUCCAUAAUGUACUAUUUUAAGGGACAUUUGGAACUCCAUUUCAUGUGAAAUCCUUUUGUUCUGUUCAUAACUGGCAGAUAGUCUACAGAGGAAUACACGCUUACGUAAGAGAAAGAGAUACGACCCAAGAAAGGAGAGACAGACCCCUGGGCCGCAGACAGAGAGAGAGAGAGAGAGAGGGGGGAAAGUGAGAGAGAGGUGAGGGAUUACUGUACUGCAGCUAGAGACUAGUGACAAAGGAAUAGAGGGAAAGAGAUCAAACGUAAAGGAGAGAGAGAGAGAGAGAGCGAGCGAGAGAGAGCGAGAGAGAGAGGGAGAGAGCGAGAGAGAGGGAGAGAGAGGGGGGAGGUUUGAGAGAGAGAGAGGGGGAGAGUGCAACUGCUUUUGUAGCACUGUAAUACCUUGAACGAUUAUAAAGCCUAUAUGAAUUAGAAUUUCAGAGACAGGGUAUUACGUCUUUGACAGUGAGAUGGAGAGAGAGAAGGAGAUUGACAAAAAUCUUUUUAAAGAAAAAACACAACAAGAGUGUGAUUUCAUGGAAUGAGGGACAGAUAUUGUGGAUGUAACAUUUGAAAAUACUGUAGUAUGGUUUUGUGAUAAAAUAUGUUCUUGUGCAUAGUUUCUCUGGUCACUUUCGGUGGAUGAUCUGAACUGUGUGUGCAGAGAUGUGUGUCUAAAGCAUUGGUUUUGCUUGGCUAUGUAACAAUGUUUUCACACAAAGCUAGACUGUCUUUCUGUGUGUCAGUCUGUCUUUCUGAUUGUCAGUUGGUCAAAAGCACCCCCUACCCUAACUUCAGCUUCCUUCCUUCCUUCCCCUCCCUCCUCCCUCCCUCCCUCCCUCCCCCUCCACCCCUCUCCCCCAGGUGCUGCUGGCUGAGGAGAGAGGGAGUGAGCGGCUGUUUGCGGUGAAGGUGUUGAAGAAGGAUGUGCUGUUUCAGGAUGAGGACACAGAGAGUGCCAUGGUGGAGAGGAGGGUUCUGGGACUGGCCAACCGCCCCCACUUCCUCACAGCACUCUACUCAGCCUUCCAGACAGAGGUGUGUGUGUGUGUGAUGGAGCAACGUGUUACCACAAUUCCUUCCUGGCAGUUUGCAACAAAGUCGUUAAACUACAUUCACUACAUGUAACCAUAUUGUACACGCAUAUAAUUAUGUCUGUCAAUCAAUCAUGUAGAAUAAGCACUGUUCAGUCAAUGAACAACCAUCAAAAUGUCAGUGCUUUAAACUAUCAGGUCCUAAGUUUAAGACAUUUAGGUAAUUCACCUUUUAAUGAUAUUGGUCUUAGUUGACCCAGAUCUGUGUUUAAAUGAAUGAAUGAAUUAAUUAGCUUGCUUCCCUUAACGAGGUCAUUAGUCCUAGAGGAGGGGUUAUUUGAGAACAGAUUGCUUUUUAAUUUUGACUGGAGGGGAAUUACAUAAUGUGUGUGUGUGUAUGGGUGCGAGCGCGCGCCCGCACGUGUGUACGCGUUUGUGUGCGCGCCCAUCCGUGAGUGUGAGCAUGCGCAUGUGUGUGUUUUUGCAUUGUCUAUAGUGGCCAUGUGUGUGCAAUGUCCAUAUGAGGCUAAUUUUGUGUGUGUGUGUUUGUGUGUCUGUGUGUGUCUGUGUGUGUCUGUGUGUGUCUGUGUGUGUCUGUGUGUGUCUGUGUGUGUCUGUGUGUGUGUUGAAAUCAUUAGGAGAGGGCCAGGGCAUUGGUACUAGUGUUCAUGUGUCUGUGGUCUUAUCUGUUUGCUCCCUCAGGUCAAACAAUAAUUAGGUGGAGUAUUUGACUAAAAGGUCCAUUCAUUUGCCAAUCAAGAACCAAUUUGUGUGUGUGUGUAUAUGUGUGUAUUUUUGUUUCCCUGGUAACAGCAUCAUUAUUUUCCAUCACACAGGACCGUCUGUACUAUGUGAUGGAGUAUGUCAACGGAGGAGACCUCAUGUUUCACAUCCAGAUGGUUGGCAAGUUCAAAGAGCCUCACGCAGCG